UCACCACCACCACCACUAUCAACAUCAACAACAACAACAACACAACACCACCCACGAAAAUGAAACCCCCGCUCCCCUUCCCCUUCGCCCUCAACAUCGGCACCGACAUCGUCCACCUCCCGCGCAUCGCCCGCCUCCUCACCCGCAACAACGGCUCCUACUUCCCGCGCUUCACCCGGCGCAUCCUUCACGCGCGCGAACAAGCAGACUUCCACGCCCGCUUCGCCGCAGCCCUGCAGCCCACCCAAUCCCUACCACAUAACAGUUCCUCCCACACAAUACAGAUAACCCCCGAGAUGACCCGCUGGCUCGCGGGCCGCUUCGCCGCCAAGGAGGCCGCACGGAAGGCCGCGCCGCGGGGUGCCGCGCAGCUGGGGUGGAAGGAUGUGAUCGUGCGGGUGAGCGAGGUGGAUGAGGGGAGGCCGGAGGUGGUGUAUUUGGAUUCGUUAUUGGGUGGUGAGGGCGGGGGCAGGGUGGGCAAGUUGUCGAUUUCGCAUGAUGGGGAGUAUGUUGUUGCUAUGGUUUUGGCGGCGGGGUGA